AAAAUCUCUAGCUAUAUUUCCCUCAUUUAAAUCGAAGCGAUCCCAAGAGCAACGGUGCACUUGGAGAUGGAGACUGCUCGCGCCAUAAGAGACUAUAUUUCCCAGCUACCAUCAGUGGCAGUAGUUACCAAAAUGCCUGCCAGAGGGUUGUAUCUAUUGGAUGAAUUUCUCAUUCUUACCUCAUAUCAUCACACUACUCCAUAUAAACUCCAAUAUUAUAUAACGAUAGUGUUCAAACUCCAAUAUCAUAUACUACUGAUAAUGUUCACAGAGACAUUACUUCAAACAUGUGGGGAUAUUGUGGAAGACUACAAGCUUCCCCCAAUUUUCAAUUUCUAGGGUUCAAUCUUGUUAAUAUUCACACCACCUCAUCAUCUUCUCCAACAAGCUACUACAAGAAACAGUCGCAGAUAAGGCCUCUUUUGUCAAUUCCAAAAUUAGUCAAUCAUUAUAAUUUUCUACUUUAUUUGCAGGUUGUCAAGUGUAUGCAACAUUCUAUAGUUUAUUGGGAUGACUUUUGACUCAAUCAUUUCAUUUCAGUUGAUUUCUUCUUCUUUUUGUUUGAUCAAUUUCAGAUUCAUCUCUCACACUUUGCCCAAUUUUCAUCAAAAUCCAAUCCAUGUCUUGCUUCUCUUCCUGCUUUUAUAGCCGCCGCAAAUUCCAACCUGCAUCUUCUACUACUGAUGAUACUGAUACUACUAAUCCAACAAGGAAGAGGAAUAGUGUAUAUUUGAGUUUCCAUGCCAUAGAUUAUUGUAGCUCUUUUGUUUCAAGUCUCCAUACGGCUCUUGCUUCAGAUUCUGAAAUUCUCUUUUGCGCGGACUAUGACAGGCUUACAACUACAUAUCAAGAAAAACCAUUAUCAGAGUCUUCACUGAAUAUAAUUGGAGAGUGCGAAAUAGCAAUAGUCAUGUUUUCAAAGAGUUAUACUAACUCAAGGUUGUGUCUUCAAGAAUUGGAAGAGAUAACCAAAUAUUGUCGUACCACACCUGGUCUUAUUAUUCUGCCUUUUCUCGUAAACAUGGAAGAAGGUAUGUAUGGAAGGGCGUUUCAUGAUUUUUUGGAUAGAGUAUGGAUAGAGGAAAUCUCCAAAGAGGAAGACAAGUUCAUGAGUUGGCUAGCAGCGUUCAAUAAAGCUACCAAACACUCUACUAGAUUACUAUAUUUCAAAGAAAGUUUCAAAGAAAGUUUCCAAGAAAGUUUCAGGAAUGAAAGUGAAUAUAUUAAGGAGGUAGUUGAACAUGUUACUGCUGUGCUAAACAAGAGAGACGUGUCCAGUUUUUUUUAUGGAGAGAGAAUAAAUUCUUGCACACAAGAUGUGAUUCAACUAUUGAAACAAUCAAAUCAUCCUCUCCUACUAGGGAUAUGGGGGAUGGAAGGGAUUGGUAAAACGACCAUUGCCCGAACUAUUUAUGAUCUGAUUGGUCCUUAUUUUGAGCACAAGAUCUUUGUCAAAGAUAUCAGGGGAGUUUGGGAACAAAGGAAUGGUUAUUAUUUUUUGCAAAAGAAAAUUUCUGCUAUGGACAGAUUAUUAGAAACAAAGAUAAAAAUAUCUAUUACAAUGGAAUCAGGAAAAGUGUCUAUAAAAGAAAAGCUUCAACAUAAAAGGGUACUUAUUAUACUCGAUGGUGUUUAUAAAUUGGAGCAGCUAAAUGUUGUGUCUGGAAGUCGUGAAUGGUUUGGUCCAGGUAGCAAAAUAAUCAUCACGACAAGAGAUAGGCAUCUACUUAAGGAGCACGGAGUUGACCAUAUAUACAAAGUGAAAGAAUUGGACGAAAGUGAAUCGUUUGAGCUUUUUAAUUUAAAUGCAUUCAGAGAAACAACAACUCCUCGAGGGGAUUUUGGAGAACUUUGCAGACAGGUAGUUGCCUAUUCUGGGGGAUUGCCUCCUGCUCUUGAAGAGCUUGGGUCCUUUUUGAAUGGAAAGGGAGUACAUGAGUGGAAGGGUGUGUUGAGGAGUCUCGAAAGACUUUCCAUUCCAGUUCCACAACUACUAAAAGCUCUUGAAAAGAGUUUUAAUGAUUUGAGUGAUGAAGAGAAACAAAUAUUCUUUGAUAUAGCAUGUUUCUUUAAUGGGAUGGACCAAAAUGAUGUGCUCCAAACAUUAUCCAAGUCAACACAAUAUGCAACUCUUCAAAUAAGCCUCCUUGAAGACAAAAGCCUUGUAACCAUUGACGAGAAUAACAAGCUUCAAAUGCAUGUUAUGCUACAAGCCAUGGCAAGAGAUGUCAUUAAGAGGAAAUCUAGAAAUGUGCCUGAUCAGCAAAAGAGGUACGACGUGUUCUUGAGUUUUAGAGGGAACGACAGUCGUGUGAAAUUCAUUUCACAUCUGCAUUCCUCUCUCCAAAAUGCGGGGAUUCAUGUUUUCAAAGACGAUGAUGAGAUUCAACGAGGAGAUCAGAUCUCAACAUCACUGUUGCGAGGAAUUGGAAGGUCUAGAAUAUCUAUAGUUGUUUUGUCUGAAAAUUAUGCUAAUUCAAGAUGGUGUAUGGUAGAGUUGGAGAAGAUCAUGGAAAUUGGCAAAAGCAAGGGUCUGGUGGUUGUGCCAGUGUUCUAUGAGGUGGAUCCCUCAGAUGUACGUCAUCAAGAAGGUCAGUUUGGGAAAGGUUUUGAUGAUCUUAUAUCAACAAUCUCAUUGGAUGAAUCCACAAAGAGUAAUUGGAGAAGAGAACUCUUUGAUAUUUGUGGCAUAGCAGGGUUUGUCCUCCUUGAUUCCAGGAAUGAAAGUGCUGAUGUCAAGAAUAUUGUUAGACAUGUUACUCAUUUGCUAGAUAGGACACAAUUAUUCGUUGCUGAACAUCCAGUGGGAGUAGAAUCUCGGGUGCAAGCUGCAACUAAGCUAUUAAACAUUGAAAAAUCAGAAGAUGUUUUACUUCUAGGGAUAUGGGGAAUGGGGGGUAUGGGCAAAACAACCAUUGCCAAAGCAAUUUUUAAUGAAAUUGGGAGCAAAUUUGAGGGAAGGAGCUUCCUUCUGAAUAUAAGGGAAUUUUGGGAGACAAAUACUGAUAGAGUUUCACUACAGCAACAGGUGCUUUGUGAUGUUUACAAAACAACAACAUUCAAGAUAAGUGACAUCGAGUCAGGGAAAAAUAUGUUAAAGCAAAGACUCUCCCAGAAUAGGGUGCUUUUUGUGCUUGAUGAUGUAAAUGAAUUGGACCAAAUAAAGGCUUUGUGUGGAAGCCACAAAUGGUUUGGUCCGGGGAGUAGAAUAAUCAUCACUACAAGAGACUUGCAUCUUCUUAAUUUGUGUAGAGUUGAUAAUGUGUAUAAAUUAGAAGAAAUGGGCGAAAGUGAAUCUCUUGAGCUUUUCAGUUGGCAUGCAUUCAAGCAACCAAGUCCAGCAGAGGAUUUUGCUACACAUUCAACAAAUGUGAUUGCUUAUUCUGGGAGAUUGCCACUGGCACUUGAAGUUCUUGGAUCCUAUUUGUCUGACUGUGAAAUAACAGAGUGGCAGAAAGUUUUGGAGAAACUCAAAUGUAUUCCACAUGAUCAAGUACAGAAGAAGCUAAAAAUAAGCUUCGAUGGUUUAAAAGAUGUUACAGAGAAACAAAUAUUCCUUGAUGUAGCCUGUUUCUUUAUUGGGAUGGAUAAAAAUGAUGUAAUACAAAUAUUAAAUGGGUGUGGGUUUUUUGCUGAUAUUGGAAUCAAAGUCCUUGUAGAGCGAAGCCUUGUAACUGUUGACAAUAGGAACAAGCUUAGAACGCAUGAUUUGUUGAGAGACAUGGGAAGACAAAUAAUAUAUGAGGAAUCGCCAUUUGAUCCUGAGGACCGUAGUAGGGUGUGGCGCCGUAAUGAAGUGUUUGAUAUAUUAUUAAAGCAGAAGGGAACAAAAGCUUUCAAGGGACUGGCUUUAGAGUUUCCAAAACAAGAUAUAGUUUGUCUGAAUACCAAAGCAUUUGAGAAGAUGAAUAAACUCAGAUUGCUUCAACUUGCUGGGGUGCAGCUUAAUGGAGAUUUUAAAUAUCUUUCAGGAGAACUUAGGUGGUUGUGCUGGCGUGGAUUUCCAUCAACUUACACUCCUGCAGAAUUUCAACAAGGAAGUCUAGUUGUCAUCAAAUUAAAACAUAGCAAUCUCAAACAGAUAUGGAAAGAGAGCCUGAUGCUAGAGAAUCUAAAAAUUCUUAAUCUUAGUCAUUCUCAUGAUUUGACUGAAACCCCAGACUUUUCAUACUUGCCUAAUCUUGAAAAGCUAGUACUCAAAGACUGUCCAAGGUUGUCUAUGGUCUCCCAUAGCAUUGGAUCUCUCCAGAAACUUCUUCUGAUAAAUUUGACAGAUUGCACAGGUCUUCGAAAACUUCCGAGAAGCAUCUAUAAAUUAAAAUCUCUCGAAACUUUGAUUCUUUCAGGAUGUUCCAUGAUUGACGAAUUGGAGGAGGACUUGGAACAAAUGGAAUCAUUGACAACCUUGAUCGCAGAUAAGACUGCUAUAACAAAAGUGCCCUUUUCAAUAGUAAGAUCCAAAAGCAUUGGAUUUAUUUCUUUAUGCGGCUUUGAAGGAUUUUCCCGUGAUGUAUUUCCUUCACUUAUUUGGUCUUGGAUCUCACCAACAAACAAUGUGCUAUCCCUAGGUCAAACAUCAGCAUCCAUGUCAUCUCUUAGAAGUCUUAGUUUGGAGUGUGGCUCAGAUCUAGAACUAACUCAAGUUGUAGCAAGAAUUUUGGAUGUAUUAAAAGGCAAAGAUUGUCUGAAAUUAGAACCAAGUGUAACUACAUCAGAGAUCUCUGAUAUGUAUGAUUCUCCUUCAACCGAUGAUUCCCUUGCUCUAGUUGGCAUUUCGGGGUCAAAGAGUUACUUGAAAUCUCUCUUAAUACAAAUGGGAAUGAAAUGCCAAGUCUCCAAUAUUACCGAAGACAUUCUUUUACAGACUGCAGAUGGGUUUUCGGAUUCGCUUUUUCUCCCCGGUGACCAUAAUUCCGAAUGGUUAACCUUCAGUUGCAAAGGUUGUUCUAUAAAAUUUGAUCUCCCAAAAAUGAAGGGGCGUAACUUGAAGAGUGUGAUGUUGUUCAUCGUAUAUCGUACUUCAUCAGACAACAUGACAUCAGAAGGUUGCCUAGGUGUGUUGAUCAUAAACCACACAAAAACAACCAUUCAGGCUUAUAAAAGAGAGACACUAACCUCCUUUGAAGAUGAGGACUGGCAGAGCAUAACAUCAAAUCUAGAACCCGGUAACAAAGUGGAGGUUAUGAUUGUUUUUGCGGAUGGAUUUAUUGUAGAAAAGACAACAGUAUCUCUCUUGUAUGAUGAAUCAAUCAACAAAGAAAUGGAGCACCACAAUACCAGAGAUAGGGAGGAUGUUAUUGUUGUUGAGAAUAGAACAUAAUUCAGGUCAGUGCAACAAGUAGCUAAAAUACAGUUUUAUGUCAACAUGAUUUGAGGUGUUGAUAUUGUAAUUUCUCAAUGGUUACAUCAAAUGAGAAUGAGGGUUUAGUACUUUCAAAUUGAUGAAAAUUGAUUUAUAUUUUUCAAUGAUCAACAUAAUAUUUUUUUAGUAGGC